AUGCGAAUUAUGGCUGUCCCGGGCACUCAGGGUAAAAGCCUGCACCUCGCUUGCAUGGACGGAGACGCUGCGGCAGUGCAGCGAUGGCUGGAUGCCGGCAAUUUCGUUGAUAAACGAGACAGCUCCGGACGGACCGGCCUCCAUCAAGCAGCCAAAUGCGGACAGAGCGAGGUUGCGAGUCUUCUACUGGGCGCUCACGCGGAGGUGGACUCACUAGACAAGCAACAGAGGACACCCCUCCAUUUGUGCAGCGAAACUGGUCACCUGGCCGUAGUGAAGAACCAGUUGAAGAAAAGCAGCGUUCCUUUGGCCAACGACGAACAGGUGCUGCUGGGCUUCAAGGCCAAUAUCAACGCAGUCGACUUCAACGGCGAUACACCAUUGAGCAAGGCGGCAAGGGCAGGAAUGGUCGAUGUUAUCGACGCCCUCCUCGCGGCAGGCGCCGAGAUCGAAAUUCGUGAUGUUGGAAACAACAUUGCCGGUGACGUCUUCAACAAAAAGGUGCCCUUGGAGACUCGUGAUAAGGUUAUCGCUAUGCGCAACAGCCGACAGCAGGAGAUUGCAGUCGCCAAACAAAGAGAGGAGGCCGUGCGACUAGCAGAGCGAGCCAAGACAGGUCAGCCCCGUAAUCGGGCGUAG